AGCACAUCACUAGAAACCCUCAAAACCUGUUGACCACCAACUGGAAUACUACUACCUCCGUUUGCAACUGGGUUGGUGUCACUUGUGGAACUCGCCACCGUAGGGUCAGAGCGUUGAAUCUCUCUCACCUGGGUCUUACAGGCACCAUCCCUCGGCAUUUGGGAAACCUGUCGUUCCUAGUUUCGGCGUCAUUCUAUAACAAUAGUUUCCAUGGUUCUCUACCUGGUGAGCUGGCAAAGUUACGCAGGCUAAAAUACUUCAGCAUACAAAAGAACAACUUCGGUGGGGAGAUUCCAUCAUGGUUUGGGUCCUUUACCAAGCUCCAAAUAUUGUCUAUAGCUGAUAACAAUUUCACUGGUGUGAUUCCACCAUCAUUGUUCCACCUCUCAGAGCUAGAGGGCUUGGACUUGUCCAGCAAUGAUCUUCAAGGGCACAUUCCAGGAGUGAUCGGUAAUCUCCCCAAGUUGAGGAUACUGUAUCUGACUCAUAAUGGCCUUUCAGGUUCCAUUCCCUCUGCAUUCUUCAACAUUUCUUCAUUGCAGAUUACUGAUCUCAGUGGCAACAUGCUCUCAGGUUCCUUGCCCUCCGCUAUCGUCAACAUGUCCUCGCUUCGGAUACUCGACUUUGGUUUUAAUAAUCUAACUGGUCGCCUGCCAUCAAAUUUGUUCAACAAUCUUCCCAAUUUGGAAGCAUUGCACUUGAACCAUAACCUAUUUCACGGCCAAAUUCCUGCAGCUUUAUUCGGAUGCAAACAACUGAAAAUUCUGUCUUUGUCUUAUAACAAUUUUGAAGGAAAGAUACAUAAAGAUAUCAGAAAUUUGACAGUUCUUGAACGGCUAUAUCUUGGCUACAACAACUUCAGUGAUGCAGAAAUGUUAUCGUCCAUCAGCGAUCUUCUUAGUUUGGAGUUAUUAAACCUGCAAACGAGUGGGCUAACUGGUCCAAUUCCCUCUGCUAUCGGAAAUCUGACCCAGCUAUCGCAUCUUGACCUAUCGGAAAACAACCUGACAGGAACAAUUCCACCUGAGAUUGGUAACCUUGUGAAUCUAGAGGUAAUCACUUUGUCAGUUAACGGUAUUGGCGGCGCUAUUCCCUUCAGAAUCUUUAAUGUCUCAACAUUGAAAGCUAUCCAAAUGACAGGCAAUCAUCUGUCAGGCCAUCUUCCAUCAAGCAUAGGUCUCCAGCUUCCAAAUCUUGAGCGACUUCUCGUAGGAGAAAACAAACUCAGUGGUCCAUUCCCUGUCUCUCUCUCCAAUGCUUCUAAACUCAUUUCAAUAGAAUUGUCUUCUAACUCUUUCUUUGGCCCUAUUCCUGAUGCAUUUGGUGAUCAAUUGAGAAACCUAAGAUAUCUCAAUCUGGGGGGCACUCUUCCUAUUUCAGUAGGAAACCUCUCGUCUUCCCUUGAAUUCUUUGUUGCUGAUAGUUGCCAGAUUAAGGGCAACAUACCCAGAGGAAUUGGCAACUUGAGAAACUUGGCACUUUUGAGUCUACAAGACAAUGAACUUAAAGGAACCGUUCCAACUACAAUUGGAAAAUUAACGAAGCUUCAAUCUUUAUCACUUGCAGUUAAUAAUUUAGAAGGAUCCAUCCCAUCUGAAUUGUGUGAUGUAGAUAGAUUGGCAUACCUAUAUCUUGGGGGGAAUAAGCUAGUUGGAUCAAUUCCUUCAUGCUUAGGCAAUGUCAUUUCUCUAAGAGACUUCUCAUUGGGCUUCAACAAUCUUACAUCCACAAUACCUUCAACCUUGUGGAGACUAAAAGAUAUCCAGCAACUAGAGUUGUCAUCGAAUUCUCUAAGUGGCUCUCUCCCAUUAGAUAUCAGCAAUUUGAAGGUUGUAAGGCAUUUAGAUAUAUCGGGAAAUCAACUGUCAGGCGAAAUCCCGUCUAGCAUUGGGGAACUCAAAGAUCUAGCUUACCUCUCUUUGUCCAAUAAUAGAUUGCAGGGGCCUAUUUCUCAAUCAUUUGGUGGCAUGGUGAGUUUGGAAUUCUUGGAUUUAUCACGGAAUAAUCUCUCAGGAGAAAUUCCCAAGGACAUGGAGAAACUUUCAUAUCUUAAAUAUUUUAAUGUGUCUUUCAAUGGACUUCAAGGGGAAAUACCUGGUGGAGGCCCAUUUCAAAACUUCUCAGCUCGAUCAUAUUUGGGGAAUGAAGCAUUGUGUGGUUCACCUCAGAUGCAAGUCCAACCAUGCAAGACUAGUGGUCGUCAGCAAUCGAAGAAAGCAAGUGCAAUUGUAUUUGAGUAUAUUUUACCAGCAAUUGGAGCUACAAUAUUGGCUAUGGCCUUCACUGUCAUCUGCAUAGUGCGUCGCAAAAGGAAUGAGAAGAAAACACAAGGACAUCUUCCAGAUUUGGCAACAUGGAAAAGAGUUUCAUUUCAAGAGCUUGAGAGAGCAACUGAUGGAUUUGAUGAAAUCAACCUGCUAGGUACAGGGAGCUUUGGCUCAGUUUACAAAGGGUUCUUGUCAAAUGGAGUGAACAUUGCUGUAAAGGUUUUUCAUCUGCAUCUGGAAGAAGCUUUCAAGAGUUUUGAUGUUGAGUGUGAGGUAUUGCGCAACAUUCGCCAUCGAAAUCUUGUAAAAAUCAUCACAAGUUGCUGCAACAUUGACUAUAAAGCUUUGGUGCUUGAGUUCAUGCCUAAUUGGAGCCUUGAAAAGUGGCUGUAUUCCCACAACUAUUUCUUGGAUCUCCUACAGAGGUUGAACAUUAUGAUUGAUGUUGCAUCAGCACUUGAAUACCUUCAUCAUGGCCAUCCAACACUUGUUAUAGCCCACUGUGAUUUAAAGCCUUGCAAUGUCCUGCUUGAUGAGGAUAUGGUUGCUCAUGUGAGCGAUUUUGGCAUUGCUAAACUCCUCGGCGAAGGGCACUCCAUCACACGAACAAUGACACUAGCUACUGUUGGUUACAUGGCACCAGAGUUUGGAUCAGAAGGGAUUGUUUCUAUCAAAGGUGAUGUGUACAGCUAUGGUAUUCUGCUGAUGGAAACUUUUACGAGAAGAAAGCCCACAGAUGAAAUGUUUACCGCAGAAAUGAACUUGAAACGUUGGGUCAAAGAGUCGUUACCUGGUGCAGUUACUCAAGUUGCAGAUGCUAACUUGCUAAGGAGAUACGAACAAGCUUUUGCUGCUAAAAACGAUUGUCUAUCAUCCAUUUUCGCAUUGGCCCUGCAAUGUGCUGCAGAACAACCUGAGGAGAGAACAGAUAUAAAAGAUGUUCUCACCACUCUGGAAAAGAUCAAAGUAAAGUUCCUAAAGGAUGUUGAGAGGGAUUGUAACUUCAUGUAA